AAAAUAUAGUUUUCUUCUUAAAUCAGAUUUAACUUUAAAGUCAGUUAGAUUUAAUCAAAGGUUAAAUAUGUACAAGAUUGCUUUGAUCUGCCUCAUUCUUGGACUUAGUUCUGUUGAUUGCAAACCUGCAAACUUCUUGAUUGAGACUCUAGAUGAACCAGACUAUCCAGAGAUAAUAGCAGAUAGUUUUGGGCCCUCAGGAUAUGCAGGCGAAGGAUAUGCUACCGAGGGUGAAGUGGAGGCUGUUGCUCCUGUAGCUGCUCCUGCUGCUCCUGCAGCUGCUCCUGCAGCAGCUCCUGCAGCAGCUCCUGCAGCAGCUCCUGCAGCAGCUCCUGCAGCUGCUCCUGCAGCAGCUCCUGCAGCAGCACCUAAAACACUUCAAUCAGUUGUAUAAUGAUAUGUUGUAUAACUAAAAAACAAACAAUAAAAACAAGUUUUGUUAAA